AGAGACUUAGUGAAGGGACUUGACCACAAUGGUGUUCGAGUCCCUAGUGGCCGAUCUGCUCAACCGCUUUCUUGGCGAUUUUGUCGACAACCUAGAUGCGUCACAACUCAAUAUCGGCAUAUGGGGAGGUGAUGUGAAAUUGGAAAACCUCGAAGUGAAGGAAACCGCCCUAGAUGAUCUUGAUCUCCCCGUUAAAUUGAAAUUUGGCUACUUAUCCUCAUUAGUGCUAAAAAUACCUUGGAAGAACCUUUACAAUGAACCAGUUAUUGCUACUAUCGAUGGUCUGUACCUCAUUGUCGUGCCUAAUAAAGGUGUCGUAUACAACGAAGAGAAGGCCAAGAAAAAUGCCGCAGAGGUCAAGCAGAAAACUCUUGCUCGACUCGAAGAAGCUCGCAAAAAUCGCCGAAAGCCGCCAGAUCCGACCCAAGACACAUUCGUAGAGAAGAUGGUUACGCAAGUGAUCAAAAAUCUACAGGUCUCCAUUAGCAACAUUCAUGUUAGAUUUGAAGACAAGUAUACGAACAGACACCGACCAUUUGUUGCUGGAGUCACUUUGGAAAAGCUGGACUUCCAGACCACCACGGAAAACUGGAUCCCUACCAUCCACCGUGAUAUUGUGAAAAUAUUCCACAAACUUGUCUUAUUGGACAAUUUAUCGGUGUACUGGAAUUCGGGUUCUGAGUUGUUUUCGGAUCUUCAAGAUAAAGCUGAAAUUCGAACAAAGCUUCAAGGCACCAUACACACUGGAAGGAACCCUCCAACCGGUUACAAAUACAUUCUUGAGCCAAUCUCGAUGCAAGCAAAGUUGAAGUUGAAUCAAAAACCAGAGAGUGAUGGAACUAACUGGAAAACUCCGAAGAUUGAUCUCUCUGUUGAUAUGAAAACUCUUGCCUUAGCUAUUGGCAAAUUCCAAUACCAGGAUAUUCUGCUGUUUUUAGAGGCACAAGAAAGGUUCAAUCUUGCUACUCAGUACUUGAAGUAUCGACCCAAUCUGAACGAGUUUAGAGGUCAUUACAAAGAAUGGUGGCAUUUUGCGUACACUUCCAUUUUGGAAGAGAAGGUACGCCGACGACGCAAGAACUGGUCAUGGCCUCGAAUGCAAGCACAUCGAAAACUCUUGAGGGAAUAUCGAGAUGCCUGGGUCGAAGUUUUGACUGAAAAGAGUCCAGGUUCUGCUGUGGACGAAAUCGUGAAGAGAGCUGAAGAACAAUUGGACGUUUUCAACGUCAAUAUUGCUAGACAACAAGCAGAAAUGGAUGUUGAUCGACAAGGGCUGAAAAGAGUGGAAGAUCAACCGCAAGGAUGGCUCGCAUGGGGCAAGAGCUGGUUUGGUGGCGGUGAGGAAAAGCCACAUGCGGAGAAGAAAAAGGACUUUGCUGAUCAAUUCAAUGAAGCGAUGACACCUGAAGAAAAGGCGAAGUUGUUUGAAGCCAUUGACUAUCAGGAAAAUAUUCCUCCAACAAAUUAUCCAAAAGAAUUUGUCGAAAAUAAAUUCGAUUUCCGUCUUGGACAGGUUGCCGUCAUAGUAGAUGGUGCUGUUUCUUUAUUCCUUUUGGAUCUGAGAGCCGGUGUUGAGCAACGGCCUAGUGCCAACGCGAUGAAUCUGAAGUCCACCAUACAAGAACUUCGGAUGGAUGGCUGCGGUGCAGAGAUGUUGCGUGUACGCGAUCCUUCAAAGCCAUGGCUUUAUCUUUGCGUUGACACAAAUCCUUUACAUGGAAAAUACGAUCAAUCCGUAGAACUUGCGAUCGCUCCGGUUAACUUGAAAUAUCAUGCCCCUGCAGUGAACAAUGCUGUGGAUGUCUUCAAACCUCCGGAGUCAGUGAAGCUAAACCAGUUGACUGCUCUCGCGAUGUCACGAUACGAAGAGGUAAAAGCUCGAUCAGUUACUGGGCUUGCACACGCUGUCGAAAACAGAUCUCGACUCGUGCUCGAUAUCCAAAUACAGCCUGCCACCAUAUACGUCUCUGAAGGUGGAGUGUACGAUGCGAAUAAGCCAACUCUUCUAGCCGAUCUUGGUCUGCUUAGCAUCACGACCAUAGAAAGUGAUCCGGAUGCUCUGGCGCAUCAGGAUAAGUUACAUCAACUCAUGGAUAAGGCCUAUGACAAGUUCCGCGUCAAGCUCAGCAAUGUUGUAGUAGCACUGGCUGAGAACGUUGCGGAAGGUCGGGCGGCUUUGACUGACAAAGAAAGCCCAUUGCAUAUCUUGAAGCCCACUGGGCUGGACAUCCAGAUUCAUAAAUGCUCGAUAGAUGAUCUGAGAUUGCCAAGAAUGAGAGUAAUUGGAUUACUUCCCGAUAUUGUGAUUGGAAUUUCUGACAUUCGUUUGCUCGAACUCACUCGUUUAUUACUUUCCAUUCCGCGUCCGGAACCUGAUAUGGAAGCGGUUGCAAUAGAAGAGAAGAUUUUGGAAUCAACAGAAAUAAAAGUAAAGGAUCGCGCAAAGAUGAAGACGAUCAUGGAAGUUCAAGAGAUUGAGUCAGAUGAACAACCGCCUCAAGAAGGAGUUGUUGAAGGUGAGAAGAAGACCACGGAACAGCAGAUACAAGUCGAGUUGGACCUUUGCCUCAAUCAGGUCGGUGUUAUCGUUUCUCGAAAAAACGAUGUGUUAUGUGAGGUCUCAAUCCUUCGCAUGGGCUGUAAACUCCAGAUGCGCACUUUUGAUAUGGUCAUCAAGGCAGAGCUAGGAGCCAUCAGGGUAUCGAUGCCCAUGUUCAAGUCUAUAGAUCCUAAGCGUGAUUGUCUGUAUUUCAUUGAUAAUGAUGAAGAGGAAGGAGCGCUUAUGACGCUUAAAUACGUGCAGGCUAAUAAAGAAUCGCCAUUCUUCGCAACAGAGUACAACUCUACAGAACAGUAUAUAGAUUUUAAAUUUAGAAAACUCACAAUCUCUCUACAUCAGGAGGGUUUGAUGGAGCUAAAACUGUUUGGAGAGAAAGUUCAGAAAGAAAUAGCUGACCUCCAGAAGGAUACGGAUAAUACGGAUAGGCCAGUGAGUCAAGCCAUAGAACAAGGAGCACGAAAACUGAGUCGUCAACUCAGCGGAAGUAUGUCUUCCAUGGCCGGAAGGGACGAAUUACAAAGACAGACAUCAAUCACUGGAAGGAGACGUACGAAGAGGUCCAAAGCAGAAGAAGAGGAGCUGGCUGCUCGCAUUGUGAAAAUGAGAUUGGAAGCUAGUGUAGGCAGCCUAGCUGUUGCUAUCGGAACAGAGAAGUCGUUGGACACUUGGAUCGCCAUUGAAAAUAUACGAGCUGACGUCAAAAUGACUGUGAAAGCUAUGAAUGUUCUCGCUACUUUGCACACUGUGAAGAUGGAGGACAUGACUGAAGGAGCACUGUACAAGAAACUAUUGGCGGUCACUGGAGACAAGGAGAUGUUGAGAUUUGAGAUGAUACAGUACCAACGAACUGAUAAGGAAAAGCAGGCAAUGUUACCCAGUGAUAUUGACAUGGCUGUGAAGGUGCGGUUGGCGCAGAUGCAGUUUGUGUUUUUGAAUCUGUGGCUGAGUCGACUUAUGGCAUGGAUGGCGCCCUUCCAAGCUGAAGCCGCGCGUGCCGCUGCAGCUGCGCAAGCGGCUGCCUCCGAGAAAGCCGCAGAAGCUGCUGAGAAUGUCAAGCAGAUAUUGGUUGAAUCACCUCCCCGGAUACAACUAGAUGUUCAGCUAGAAGCGCCUAUCAUUCUGGUUCCGCAACAUUCCCAAAGUCAUAAUGCUAUCGUCGUAAUUUUAGGUAAACUCAUAGUAAACAACCACAUAACUGGAGAUAAGCGGAAUCAAAAGCUAAUAAUGGAUCGAAUGGAAGUCAAACUUUUGGAUAUGAACUUUGGAAUAGGGCGAGUAAAUGAAGACGCAUCAGAUGUGCAGACGUCAUGCGAGAUUCUUGAACCACUCUCUUUCAACAUCAUUGUGCACAGAAACCUCGUGUUUGGCACAGUCAAAGACUUGCCGGAACUCGCGGUUGACGCUCAAAUCCCAUCAUUGGCGCUGAGUAUGUCCGAACAUGACUACAAUACUAUAAUGCAGACGCUGAGCGGAAAUCUUGCCGAAGGUGCCGAACUAGCCAAAACAUCACCUCCUGAGAUGUGCCCUGCUACUGUGCCAGAUGCUGCGUUGAGAGAAGAACCUACGAAAGACACACAAGAAACGGAUAAGCUGCAGCUAGAGAGGAAGAAAACACAGAAGAAAGAGUCGGCUUCACCAAGACCUGUGUCUCCUACAUCUAUCACUCCAACUGUGCCGAUGUCAAGAAUUGUGUUCCAGUUUACGCUGGAUAAGAUCGUUGCCAUCUUGUACAUGGGGGGUGGAGAAGAUCAGUCAAAUAGGAACCCUGCAGAUGCUUUUGCUGCAAUGAGAUUACAAGGUCUGAAACUUAGUGGCGCAAUCAAGGAGGACAAUCACAUGAACGUGGCAAUAUCUCUGAACACUUUCACAAUGACGGAUGAACGUCGUGGUAAAACUAAGAUCCCUCAGCUGCUUGACAAAAAGAGUCAAAAACAAGACGAACGAUUCCUUGCAUUGGCCUUUAGUCAGGAUGCACAGCAGAACAAGAAUGUGAAGCUGAAAAUGUCGGCGUUCUUCAUCAUUCUUGCCCCAGAGUUCUUGGGAUGCUUGUCAAAGUUUUUCACCGUUGAUAAGUCCGAGGAAGAUCUGCAAAUCGAAGCUGAAGUCAAAGCAGUUGGACCGCAGAAAACGGUUUCCACACAGGCGGCUGGAGGAGGGGAUGCUGCGGUGGAUCCCGAAGCUCCUCCGCCAAGCAUUGUCCUCGAUUGUGAUAUGCAGGGAGUUGAAGUCAUAUUGGUUGAAAGCUCGUUGAACCCUGAGGAUUCGCAAGCCUUGAUCUUGACUUUCAAUAUGAGAAUGGUCGCCACUCCGUCUCCCGCUACGCAAGUCAUGAGCGGUGGGAUUGAGGAUCUGGCAGUGUAUAGUUCAUACUAUGCCCCAGAAAGAAGGAAUGAGAUCACUUAUGAGGUUUUGAAACCAAUGAAUAUUGGAAUUGAGAUGAAGAUAGAAAAUGCAACAAAGGCAACAGAUGUUGUGUUGAAAAUCUCACCAAUGGAAUUGCGUAUGUCUCCAUCAAUCAUUCGGCUGCUGUCGGCUGUCAAUAUGGAGUUUGCCAGCAGCAGUGCUUCUGAUCGGACGGAUGGUAGUUCGCUCACUCCCAAGCUUCGUUCAUUUCCACAAUAUUGGAAGCCUAGGCGUUUCGACAAGAGAAAAUAUUGGUUUUUCCUGGCACCUACAGCAGAAGAGGCAUGCGAGGACAAUAUAGACGAUGCCGCCGAUAAAGCAGUCACGAAGCGUGCUCCUAUAGAACAUGCUCACGUAGAAAUGGAAAGGAUCAACUUUACGCUUGAAUCUGGAGACAGUUCUGUGCCUGUACCACUCAUCUUUAUGCAAAUACUGGUAAACGCGGAGGCAUCAGGAUGGUCGUCUGCUCUGCGAGCUUCAGCUGAUCUUUCUCUCCAGAUGUCCUACUACAAUGAAGCUUCGAGUGUUUGGGAGCCAGUCAUUGAACCUGUAGAAGUCGGCACGGACAAAUGGGGCCCUUGGAAUCUUACAAUGACUGUGAAAGGAAGAAAUAAGAUGGAUCCUUUGGAUAACAGUCCCGGUAUGGAUGUAAAAAUUGAUGCAGAGGAUAUUUUGAAUGUGACCGUCACAAGAUCCCUCCUUAGCUUGUUGAAUAAAGUGUCCGAGGCUUUCGCUCACGCUGCUAAGCAAAUUAGUCCACCCACAACUCGCCAGCUUCCUGGAAGCUCUGCUUUUCUCGUCUUGAAUGAAAGUGGCAUAAUUAUCAAGAUGAGCGAUUCUGACACCUUACAGGUGAGCUUAAACGGUGAAGAUGUAGAAGCACCUCAUGGACGAUUUGUAGACCUUCGUAUGAACAAAGAAGCAGCUGCGGUCGCUGCUGAAUCUCAAGCCAAAGAGCGUCUUAGCAGCAAUCAAACUGAACUCUCUGCUGAUCUACGCAUCAACCUCCUUGACACUGUUCGAAACAUAAAGAUUGGUCGUGCGGGUAAAGUCGCUGUACCAUUGCCGAAGAAGAGCGAUGGUGGAAAACAAUGGAAGAUUAUUGCCGAGACAACUAUUGAAAAUGGUCGUCGCUUGAUAACAUUUACAUCGCAUGUCAGUGUAACAAACCAUUUGGACGUACCGAUGGAGCUUUAUUCAAAGAACAAUACUAAUUUGGACCUGUUUGGAACAGUGUCUCCGGGAGAAACUUUGCAUCUAGUAGUCCCACUGCUAUUUUCAGCUACUGGGGAAAUCUUCUUCAGACCUGCUAAUGACAAUUCUAGAUGUGAAGUCAGCUUUGAGUCGCUGACAUGGCAUCAAUUUACGCACCAGAUGCGACAAGUGAUCCGAUGUGAUCUAAGUGAAGAUACCACACAAGGCUACUUUUUCGAGACGGUUGUUCUGGAGGAAAAAGUCCGAGAAGGUGUCGAUAAGGAGACGGAAGUGUAUUCAGUCCAUUUGUACCCACCCUUGCAAUUCCAUAACGUACUUCCAUUCCCUAUCACCUUCGAAAUUCCCGUGGCUAUGGAUUUAGAACCAGGUCAGAGCAUUCAGCUCAACAUGGUACCAGGGCAUCGUAUGCGACUAUGGGCGCCAUACUUGGGCGAAAUGUAUUCGUUGGAUAUGACUAUUCCCGAAGACAAGCCGGAGCUACAAGUGGUUGCCUUGAAUACGGAUACGGGUUCGGCUGAGCUGUUACUUGGUUUGCAUUGGAGUACGGAGUAUGGAGAUCUGAAAGCAUAUCUGUAUGCACCAUUUUGGCUGGUCAACAAUACCUCUAUGACGUUGAAGCACAUGGAAAGCGGAGGAAACUUGCUGCGAAAUUCGACUCAGUGUAUGCCCUGCAGAAAGGCCCAUCCUACCCAACAGGAGGCUGAAUACGCUGUCAAGCACCUACCAGAUGAAAAUCCCCUGAUACUGCCAUUCCCUAGUACGGACUUCAGUAAGAAGAAGAAGUCUCGAGUCUUGGUGGAAGAAGCUGGGGCAUGGUCUGAAGAGUUUCCGCUCGACACUGUAGGAAAUCCAGCUCGAAUAACAUGUAAAGGAAAGGACAGGGAUUUCGAGCUCACCGUGGAUAUCAAACUUUGUUCAUCUGGUCUGACGAAAAUUGUCACUUUCAAUCCCUUCUAUCUUGUGUCCAAUCUUGGCAAAUGGGAUAUGCAAGUCAGAGAAGAAGGACAAUCAGCAUGGGUGGAUGUACCUGCAGAGAAGUGCAUAGGAAUAUGGCCCAUCCAAAAGUCGAAGCGGAAAUUCCUUUGUGCUAGAUAUACAGGGCAACAGCAGGAGUCUCUCUUGUUUCCGAUCACAGAGAACUUUGAUACACUUUGUCAGAUUGACAACGACAACAUAGGUGUUGAAGUCUGUGUGACUACAUCAGAAUCGUCUGUGGCUGUACACCUGACACCUUUCCAACCCGGUAUGGCUCCUGUCUGCAUUAUGAACGACCUCAACGUUCCUGUGAAUUUCGGUCAAAAAGGACAUAAGAUGGAUUCGCUUGCCAGUAAUGAAAUGAUAUUUUUUACUUGGGACAGUGUCACUGAUGAGAGGAUAAUGCGGUUCACUAUUGGCGAUUACGAAGGUGAAGACAAGCUGGAUCAAAAUCGCAUCGCCGACGUCCAGAUGGACCAUAAUGUCAGAAAGUUUGCAUACCUUGCCAACUUCCUCAUCGGAAGGCAACGUUUCCUACUGUUCACUCGCGACUUGGACAUUGCACGCUCAGCUUAUGGAGUUUGGGAAACCGACAAAGUUGAUAUGCAAGCAGAGGUGGCCUUACAAGGUGUUGGUUUAUCAAUCGUGGACAACACCGUGGGAAAAGAGUUGCUGUAUAUUGGCAUAUCUUCUUCGGACAUCCUUUGGGAAGAGGAAGUGAAGAAAGGACGAUUUAAACCAUUUGCAGUGAAAAUUAUGCAAGCUUUGGAGGAAAAGUAUCAGGAACAUCUUCUGGAACCUAAAGAUGGUUACCAACCUCUUGAGCAGUAUGAGGUUUCUAUGGCAAACAUGAUCAUGAAGAAAAAGAAGGGCAAGGAAGUGAAGAUACGCCGAAUCUUCGAAAAAGGAAUCUGGGCUACCUACGGCAAGAGCGCUGAACGAACCCGCGUGCACUUGAAAGUCAAUCAUCUACAGGUGGAUAAUCAGCUUGCGACAUGCGUGUUUCCAAGAGUGUUAGCAGUUGUACCACCUCCUAAGAGUAUCGUUGCUGACAAUGCACCCAAACCUUUCAUCGAACUUUCUUUCUUCCAACGGCAGUCAGAAUACUCGUCCGUGCCAGAAGUUGAAUACGCUAAGAUGCUUGUACAGGAAUUCGCAGUGCAAGCCGAUCAAGGACUCAUUAAUGCUAUACUUGCUUUGAUAGCCUCGGAAGUCAAUAAGCAGCCGUAUGGUAAAGAAAUGUUUGAAACGGAUAUGAACACAGCUCUUGAGCGUUUGGAGGACAAGGCCAAGCAGUACCGGUCAAAUCAGCCGAAAGCAUUCUAUAACCAUCUACAUAUCUCACCGCUUAUGAUCCAUCUUUCUUUCUCACAAGGUGGUACAACAGGAGAAGGAGGAUCUGGUGGUGCAAUGCCCAUCCAGUCUGAGUUUUUCAAAGUUCUCUUCCAAAGUGUGGGAGUCUCUGUGACGGAACUGCAGGAUGUUAUCUUCAAACUUGCAUAUUUCCAAAGGGAGCGCCAGUUUUACCGGACAGAUCAACUGAAAAGCGAAAUAAUAUCACAUUAUACAAUGCAGGCACUGCGACAGAUGUAUGUGUUGGUAUUGGGUCUGGACAUCAUCGGAAACCCAUUCGGUCUUGUUCGCGAUCUUUCCGCCGGUGUGGAAGAUCUUUUCUACCAACCAUUCCAAGGACUUGUACAAGGGCCAGAGGAGUUUGCUGCUGGUGUGGCUUUGGGUGUACAGUCCAUGUUCGGACAUGCUGUCGGUGGAGCAGCCGGCGCUGUUGGAAGAAUAACAGGCACUGUGGGCAAAGGAGUUGCCGCACUGACUUUCGACAGCGAAUAUCAACGAAAGCGACAGGAAGACUUGAACAGACGACCGCAGUCAUUUGGUGAAGGGAUGGCAAGAGGAGUCAAAGGUCUUGGAAUGGGUGUGGUUGAAGGUAUCACGGGUGUAGUUACAAAACCCAUCGAAGGCGCCAAGCAUGAGGGUGGUCUGGGAUUUAUGAAAGGAGUUGGAAAGGGCCUCAUUGGUGUGGUUACGCGACCGGUUUCUGGUGUAGUUGACUUUGCUAGCAGCACUAUGCACUCUGUUCGUACUGUGGCCGGCGCUGGUAAGGAAGCUGGAGCGUUGAGGCCACCUCGCGUCAUACGACCUGAUCUCAUCAUAAAACCCUACAGCCAGCAUGAGGCGUUAGGUUUCAAAGUCUUCAAUGACACUGACCAUGGCGAACUGGCCGAAACUGAUGAAUUUAUCACCUACGCCCCAAUCACGGAUAGAAUUGUGCUUUUGGUUACCAAUGCACAGUUGGUGCUAUCGAAACGGGCAGACAUGAUGGGAACGUGGUCCACUGAAUGGCAAACUGAUUACGACAAGAUCAAAGAACCUAUCUUUGUACAAAAUGGAAUCAAAAUCAUUCUGAAGGAGAAGAAACGUGGCUUUUUGGGCAUUGGCUCAACAGAAGGGAAAAUCAUAACGUUUGAGAAUGCUGAAGCCAUCCAACAAAAAGUGCUAGCUGCAUACAAAGCGGCCACUCAGCUACCUACUUGAAGUACAUCGAUGAAACAAACAGCAAUUUUUUCUCGGACUCUUCUGAGGUCCUUUGUUUUUGCAUAUUGCGUUUUAUUUUCAUUUAUCUGUGAAUUGGGAUACUGCGGUUUCUACUGUAGAUCACACCCUGUUGCUGUUCUUUCGUUUGCUUCUUGUUAUUAUUUGUAUGUGCACUGUUGUCUCCGAUGCAGUCUUAUUGCUUUCUUCUCUAUAGGAUGCAUGUAUCAAAGAUUUCUGCCUAAAUUUGUUGUAUCUAUUUCAGAGCUCAUAUACUUCCUCUUUGAAACAGCAGAACUUUGUUUUAAGAGAUUUGCUAUCACCGGACAAGUAUGUCUUAAUCAAAGUCUAAUAAGCAUAUGUCUUGUAAAUCUUCUCAAGAUUAUCUUUAAUGUGUACAUCGUACGAUUGACCUUACGAGGUUUUACAUCUGCCCUU